AUCUGUCCAAGCUGCAACCUCAUACAUAGCAAUCAACCAAGUCAUAUCUUGCAUUUUGAUACAUUUCAUUGCAAUAUAGAACGCUGAUCUGAAAAUGAUGUACUUUAUUUCCUCUUGCCAUACAGAGCAAUUCCUUGUUGAAUACUCGAUCCUCAAAAGAUUUCAUCUUUAGUGCUUUUUGUCAUCAUUAUAAACGAAAAAUCCCUUUAUUUUCCUAUAUUAUGUAAAAGUUCUUCCACUUCUAGUCAAUACAAUGAAUCCUGCAUCUCAAGAAUACUUCCGCACAUAUGAAACACUAGUGGAAGAAAUGAAUUCUUUCAAAACUCAACAAACCGAACUAAGGUUUCAAGUUUCGAAGCUUUUUGAAGAAAAUAAAAGGCUUACCAAUGAGCUUAAGGAAAAUAUUAUUUUACGAGAACAGCAAAUCUCUGAAACUAGCUUUGGUGAUUUGGAGAGAAAAUUGCAAGCAGCUGUUGCUUCAAAAAAUGCUGCUCUUGAAAUGUGGCAGGAAGCACUCAAACAGCUUGAAAAGCAAGAAGAGCAGUUGAUCGGCAAAAAAAGUUUAGUGGAAAGUGAGAGAGGCGAAAGCGAAAAGCUGAUCCAACAGAUCAAAGAAGAAUACAUAAAAGGUUUAAAUAUUUUGUCAGUGGAAGUGACGAACUAUAGGAAUGAAUUGGCUAAAGUAAAUGAAGAGUUACUAUCGAAGACCGUGGAAUAUGAUAACUGUAAAGACGAGCUGAAGCAGCUAAGGGAUGAAGUGACUCAAAAUAGAACUAUCAUUUCAGAUUUGUCUUCCCAAAAAUCAGAAAUGCUGGAGACAAUUACUUCUUUGCGAACUCUUUUGUCAGAAACAGAGAAAUUUUUGUCUUCCACCAAAGAAGAAAUGUCUGUUGUCAAAACCGAAAAUGCAGAACUAUCUUCUCAAGUUGCCGAUUUGAAGGAACAGAAUAAAAAAUUAAGGAAUGAAAUUAUUGUUGUAGAAAAAGAUGCCAAAGAAAGUUUACUGACAGCCCAAGAAGCUAUUUUAAAGAAAAAAGAAAUGGCUUACAGGGAAGAACAGUUCAUGAAAGAAAUCGAACAUCUUAAACAGACAAUGGACAUUGAGGCCGAGAAGGUAGCAUUUAAGUAUAAAGCGGAAUUAAAAGAAAUUCAGAAACAAUCCAAUGAAAAAAUCAACAGCUUAAUGGAGGAAAUUCAGGCCUUGCAUCAAGAAAACAGUGAUAAACAGAGUUUAUUUGAGAAAGCCUCUCGAGAAAAGCAAGCAUUAGAAUCGAAACUGGAACUUUUGUAUUCUGAGAAUUCAUCUGGCUUGCCAAGUAGUGCCUUUGAUGAUUUAUGCAAACGUCUUACGGUUGCAGAAAGAUCUCGGGAUGAAAAUGAAUUCAAAGUGAAAUCGCUUCAGAUUGAACUAGCAGAACUAAGAGCUGCAAAAGAGCAAGAAAUACAUUGCUUACAAGAGGAAUAUGCAACAUCCAAAAGUAGAUUGCAAAAAUUAUUAGAAGACUUCAACCAGUCAUCAUUAGAUCGAAUUAAACUCAACGAUGAGGUGACAAAACUUAAGAAAAAGUGCUCUGAUUUAGAAAAAGAGUUGAAAAAGACGAAAACUGCAACUGCAGCUGAAGUUUUUCGAUUAAGAGAAGAAUCACAGCAAAAACAAGAUGCAUUGAAUAAACAAUUGCACUCCUCUGAGGAGCAUUAUAAAAAUGUGUGUAGUGAGCUGCAACAGCUAUUGAAUUCGGAAUUCAAAAUAAGCAGCAAGUGGAAAGAAGAAGUUGACGAUUUAAUCGUUAAAUCAGAAACUAAAAUCAAGGAACUUUGCCAAACCAUCGCCAAUCUUCAAGAUCAGAAUAAGGAAUUGAUGAAUGCUCUUGGUCAAAGGGAUUCAUAUUUGCCUAAUUUGACUGCUUUUACAUAACAUACUUUUCACUUGCAUUAUUUUCUUAAUAAAAAUAUUUAUUUUUA